GGGGAUAGAAGGGAACACACAGGGGAAUGAUAUUUAGGGCAAAGCAGAGAGGGGGAGUACAGUUAUAAAACUUGUUAAACCCCUCUUUUACCUCUCACUCCUCUGCUCCUCUCUCUUUCACAGUCUCUCUGUAGAAGAAGAAUAGUAGAUCCAUGGCGUUAGCGUUCGAUGAGUACGGGAGGCCUUUUAUAAUAUUAAGAGAACAAGAUCAGAAGAGUAGAUUGAGAGGCAUCGAUGCUCAGAAAUCUAACAUUUCCGCCGCCAAAGCUGUGGCUCGCAUCCUCCGUACAUCUCUCGGUCCCAAGGGCAUGGACAAGAUGCUCCAGAGCCCCGACGGCGAAAUCACCAUCACAAAUGAUGGUGCAACAAUCUUGGAGCAGAUGGAUGUUGACAAUCAAAUUGGAAAGCUGAUGGUAGAGUUAUCUCGUAGCCAGGACUAUGAAAUUGGUGAUGGGACAACUGGAGUAGUUGUUAUGGCGGGUGCACUUCUCGAACAAGCCGAACGUCUGUUAGAACGUGGUAUUCAUCCCAUUCGAAUUGCGGAGGGUUUUGAGAUGGCAUCGAAGAUUGCUGUUGAGCAUUUGGAGAGCGUGUCCAAUAAAUUUGAGUUUAGCGCAUCAAAUAUUGAGCCUUUGGUUCAAACUUGCAUGACUACUCUAUCAUCCAAAAUUGUCAACAGAUGCAAACGAGACUUGGCUGAAAUUGCUGUAAAAGCAGUUAUGGCUGUUGCAGAUCUGGAUAGGAAAGAUGUUAACCUGGACCUUAUUAAAGUGGAGGGCAAAGUAGGUGGGAAGUUGGAGGAUACCGAACUCAUUUAUGGAAUACUCGUCGACAAAGAUAUGAGUCAUCCUCAGAUGCCAAAGCAGAUUGUAGAUGCAAACAUAGCCAUCUUAACUUGCCCCUUCGAACCUCCCAAGCCAAAGACCAAGCAUAAGGUUGACAUUGAUACCGUGGAAAAAUUUCAAACUUUACGUCAGCAGGAGCAGAAAUACUUUGAUGACAUGGUUCAGAAGUGCAAGGAUGUUGGUGCUACCUUGGUUAUCUGCCAAUGGGGUUUUGAUGAUGAGGCAAAUCACUUGUUGAUGCACAGGAAUCUGCCUGCUGUUCGAUGGGUUGGUGGAGUAGAGUUAGAGUUGAUAGCUAUAGCCACAGGGGGUAGAAUUGUUCCAAGGUUCCAGGAGUUGACACCAGAAAAGUUGGGCAAGGCUGGUUUGGUUCGUGAAAAGUCAUUUGGCACCACAAAAGAUCGAAUGCUCUACAUCGAACAUUGUGCAAAUUCAAAGGCUGUAACCAUAUUUAUUCGUGGUGGUAACAAGAUGAUGAUAGAGGAGACGAAACGAAGCAUCCAUGAUGCUUUGUGUGUUGCCAGGAAUCUUAUUCGCAACAACUCAAUUGUGUAUGGUGGCGGUUCAGCUGAGAUUUCUUGCUCACUUGCUGUAGAGGCUGCUGCUGAUAAAUAUCCAGGAGUUGAGCAGUAUGCAAUCAGGGCAUUCGCCGAUGCUUUGGACUCUGUCCCCAUGGCUCUUGCAGAAAAUAGUGGUCUCCAGCCCAUUGAAACACUAUCUGCGGUGAAAUCACAGCAAACCAAGGACAAGUAUUCUUGGUAUGGUGUAGACUGUAAUGAUGUUGGCACAAAUGACAUGCGUGAGCAGAAUGUCUUUGAGACACUAAUCGGGAAGCAGCAGCAACUCUUACUUGCAACACAGGUUGUUAAGAUGAUCUUAAAGAUUGAUGAUGUCAUUUCGCCUUCUGAAUAUUGAUUGGCUGAAUAUCCUGAGAAGUUUUGCUCAUCCUGCAAGAGAUCCUGGGUAUUAUUAUGGUUGUGAAAGAUGUCUCAAAUUAUUAUUGUUAAUCUACUAUAGACAUCUGUGAGUGACCUUUUAUUUUUGUAGCUUUAUUUUAUUUUCCAGGUUGAAUGGAUGUUAUAUUGUCGACCUCCUUUAAGCAUAUUUUGGAUUUUAGUAAUCGUGGUCUUUCUGUCUCAGUUUUGUUCUCAUGAAUAUGGCAAUGCCUGUUUGAAAUGCACCUGAUUGGUGAUAAUAUGUUUGUAUUUAAUGUGA